AUGAGUGAAAAAAAGUUUUAAGAGUUAAGUGAUAAAAGGCAAAGUCUUGAGAAUGAACUAAAAGUCUUGGAGAAACAAAUUUUUGAUUUGGAGACAAAAUAUUUAGAAGAAACAGCUGCCACAGGAAAUGUUAUAAAAGGAUGGGAAGGAUAUACGACAAUAAAAAGUGGAAAACUAAAUGGGAAUGUUUCAAGGAAGACUAAAGCAAAUGCUAAUGAUCGUAUUUUUUCAUAAAGCAGCAAAACAUCUCCAUUUAGACUGCAGUUGAAGAGCCCAAAAGUCCUAAGAGUCCAUAAUUUAGGCCUAGAAGAAUAAAGAAAAAGAAGCACUAUGGAUACAAAAAAGAGUAUAUAUGGGAGUUAUGAUAGUGAUGUUGCAGAAAAUUCAUAGGGUAGUUCUUCAGAAGACUUUUAAUAGGAUUAGGUCAAAAAAGUUAAAGGGUCCAAGAAAAUAUGA